AUGUAAUGGGAAGAAUAAUCAAUUGCAUAUAGACUUUAAUCCCAUGUGAGUUCUGAUUUGCAUUUCCUACUACAGUCAGACUAGGAUUCAGAUAAUACGAAUGAUAAAUUAUCUUUUAUCAUGAUCUUGAUUGGAGUAUUUAACUUUGUUUUCCUUUGUGUAUCUGCGCAUCUAGUUUACAAGAUUUAAAGACUCAUUAAAUUCACUGAUAUCCCCCAAUUGCUGUCAAUAACAUCAAUAUUUUUAUCAAUUUUUUUUAUUGGAAUAUAUAUUGUUUUAUUUAUCUUAUACGUGCGGUUCCCCGAUAAUGAAUAUCUCCAAGACUCAAACAUCAUAAGAAUCUCAAACUUUAUUGCAGUCAUGUUCUUUUCAUUUGCCCUCGUAUUCGAUCUCUAUAAAUGGAUGAUAUUUCUGGUUGCCACCAAGAUGUACAUUAAUCCAAGGAAAAAUAUUUAUGUUAGGAAUCAGAGAAUAUUGCUUUGGGCACUCAUCACAGCUUAAUUGAUCUUAUUGACUAUCGCUUUAGUCUUCAUUACAUUAAUGCUCAUAUAUGAUUAUGAUACUGAUGAUGAACAUAAAUGGGAAGUCACCUAAAAUAUUCUAGACGUUUAGUUUUACUUUGUAGCCUGUUUAUUCUUUAUAAUCUUGACUGUGUUUAUCGUGGUAGAUGUCUGGCUUAUUAGAAGGCUUAAAAUAUUCUAUCCUUCAUUUUACCAACGACAAAAGGGACAGAUUUUGCUUGCAAACUUUGGAACAAUUUUAUCACUCUCAGCAAGGUUAGUCAUAAAUAUUGUGAUGACUCAACCUUUCUAUAAUGAGCUACUAAAUGACUCGCUUGACCCUAUCCAUCAAAUUAUCUCUAUAACUCUCGGUUUCUAUCUUCCUAUAGGGGCAAUAACUUACUCACUGAUGUAUGCGUUCUAGCAGAAGAAAAGACUACAAAACAGAUAGAUUCAGAUUAAAUCUCAAAUUGGAUCUCCUUCACUUAUUGAAGAUGAAGAGAUGGAUGAUGCAUUAUUUUAAAUUUGGGAUAGCGGGGCUAACGAUGUCAGCUCUGAUUCCACUGCUCGAUAUCAUAUGAACUUAGCUCCUGGGUUACAGAUGAGCAUAGCUAAGGGAUAAAUGAUUCACACUAAUAGUAUGAUUGACAUUUAAAAGAGAGGUGAUACUGGGUCAUCCAUUUUAAUGCCAAAUCCCUUUGAAGAAAAAGAAGAUGAGUCUAAAAGUUUUAUAUCUCAAAGUGAUGAUUUGUGA